AUAAUUAGAUACAACCAACAUUAUAUAUUUUAAUCUAACACAAAUAUUUGAUAUUUUAGCAAUAAAUAAAAUACGGGACAAAACAAUUUACUCUUGGCUUUAUAUUUUUCCACCAACCCAACCAACCACAUAAGCUUGAACAGUUCAGUAAUUCUGACGCGUAGAAUAAUGUAUAUAGUCAAAGUCAACCAACUUCCCCCUACUAACUUUAAAAUUUCCAUCCCAUUCCCAUAAUCUAAAUGCAAUAUUUCACCACAAUAGAAAUCUAAGGGAUGCAGGGAUGUAUGUGUUACCUGUUCCAAUUGCUCUGUUACUCCUAAUCUUCUCUUUCACUAUAUUUACAGCUACCAGUUCCAAUCCAGCCGACGUCAUAAACGGAACUUCCAUCAACUGUGGUUCAGUUACCACUUCUGCAUCAGCCAAUGGUAAGAAAUGGAUUGGAGAUGUAAAACCAAAACCAUCCACUUUACUACAAAUUAGGGGCUCAUCGACUACCUCAACAGCCAUUGAUGAGAAGCCCAUCUACGCUGAUACAGUUCCCCACAAGACAGCAAGAAUCUCCCACCACCAAUUCUCCUAUAUAUUUCGAUUCGAUCCAGGUCAGAAAAUUGUCAGGCUUCAUUUCAAUUCAGCUAUAUAUAAGGGUUUUAAAGGGUUGAAGGAUUUGUUCACCGUGGAAGCUGGAUCUUUCAUCCUGCUCAGUAACUUCAGUGCUGCACUUACUGCUCAUGCACUAGGGAUAAAAACUUUCAUCAAAGAGUUCUGCAUAAGCAUAGAAGAGCAUCAAGAACUGAACUUAAGUUUCUCACCUGUAAAAAGUCGAUCACAAGACAGGACUUAUGCUUUCAUAAAUGGGAUUGAGAUCAUUUCAGUUCCCGUGCAUCUUUCCUAUUUUAGAGGGAGAGAUGUUAGAGCUCAGGUUGUUGGCCAGAGAGUUCCAGUAUGCAUUGAUAACACAACUGCACUUGAAUUAAUCCACAGAUUGAAUCUGAAACGAAAUUCAGGUCCAUCAGGGGAUGCCUUUGAUGAUAUGCUGGAGAUGUGGACUACAGCUCAGAAGGAUACAGUUCAGAAACAAAUGGGCAGUCUUACCUGGAAUCAAUCAGUCGAUGUCGGGUUCAGGUACUUGGUCAGGAUUUAUUUCAGCAAGCUAGAACUCAAGAACGCAGAGAAUGGUGAACUGACUUUCAGAGUUCUUAUUGAUGAAAUGGUUGUUGAUACUAACAUGGAGAUAGUAAAAAACCAGGUUGAUCAUGGAUCCCCCAGUUAUAGGGAUUAUGUGGUGGCGAUCAAAGGGUUAAAACAAGAAGGUAAAAGAGGACUAUCGAUCAACCUGCAGUCCAAUGAUGAACUUAUCAAUGGGCAUAGACUACUUGAAGGAUUUGAAAUUUACAAGAUUAGUAACCCAGACAACAGCCUUGGCAGUCCACAUGCCCUUCCACCGGCAAGGGUUUCAUCAUCCUGGAUUAUCAAAAAAGUUGAGUCAGUUCUGGGUCGUAGAAAUACAACUGCAACUAUCAUAAUAGCCAUACUUGCUCUGAUUGAUAUCAUUGUUUAUAACACACAGAAAGUCAGGGAAGCAAGCAUUCCAGAGGAUGAAAACAAACCUUUCCUCAGAGCUGAACAGCUGUGUAGACAAUUUUCACUAUCAGAAAUACGAUCUGCAACCAAAAAUUUCAGCAAAGCAUAUCUCAUCGGAAGGGGUGGAUUUGGAAAGGUAUACAAAGGAUUUAUUGAUAAUGGGAAAGAAACUGUUGCAAUAAAGAGGUUAAAAUCAAACUCAAAGCAAGGGAAAAACGAGUUUUUGACAGAGAUAGAACUACUAUGCGAGCUCCAUCAUAUUAAUAUUGUCUCUCUAAUUGGCUAUUGCAAUGAGCAAGGUGAAAUGAUUGUUGUUUAUGAGUAUAUGGCCUGUGGAACAUUGGCUGAUCAUCUCUACAAGCUUGACAGGGAUGGAAACAAAUAUUCUUCCCUUACCUGGAAGGAAUGCCUAAAUAUUUGUAUUGGAGCUGGCCGAGGUUUGGACUAUCUUCACACUGGCAAUGGAGUCAUACACCGAGAUGUUAAGACUUCAAACAUCCUGCUGGACGAAAAUCUCAUAGCCAAGGUCUCAGAUUUGGGUUUGGCAAAACCUGAAGAGAGGAGCAAAUUAAUGAGCCAUGUCAGCACAAAAGUUAAGGGUACAUUCGGGUACUUUGACCCAUACUAUUUCUCCACUCAUAAACUUACAAGGAAAAGCGACACGUAUUCCUUUGGAGUGGUGCUGUUGGAAGUAUUGUGUUGGAGACCAGCAAUGGAUUCAUCCCUUGAAGAGGAUGCAUGUUAUCUAACCAAAUUGGCUCAAAAUAAAAUCAAUAAGGGUGAGAUUGAGCAGAUUAUAGCUACAAAUCUGGUAGAGGAAAUCUCACCGCUUAGCCUGAAGGUAUUUGUUGGGGUUGCUGAAAGAUGUUUGCAUAAUGAUCCAAAAGAGCGGCCUACAAUGGCCCAAGUGGUGCUGCAACUUGAGCUUGCACUUGAGCAGCAGGAGAACAGGAAAGUCACGGCACAAAAUGAGAUAACAAGCAAUGAUAUUGAUGCUUGUCCGGCAGAUCUCCAAAAUAUUGCACCAGCCAGCACCGAACACCAAAUGCAGCCUGUUAUACCUUAUACAGAUCAAACUAAAAGAGAAAUAGAUAACACUCUCCAUCCACCUAGAAGAAAAACUGCGAAAAAACGAAAAAUGCCUAAGCCAUUAUGGCCUUGGGCAGGUGCAUUUUGGAAUGGGCUAAAACUAUUUAAGAAGAAACGUUCCAACAAAUCAGAUUCAGCUAUUUUUGGUAAAGAAAUCAAUCAGCCUAAGCUUAGUUUGGCGAAGAUUGAAGUUGCUACCAAUCACUUCUCUUCAUCAAAUAGAAUUGGACAUGGUGGAUACGGUUCUGUUUAUAAGGGUGUGUUCCCUACAGGACAGAAGGUAGCAGUUAAAGUCUUCUCAGUUCUGAGGCCAAGUCUAAAUGAGUUCAAGAGUCGAAUUCUUCUGCUUUCCCAUCUAAAUCAUGAAAAUAUUGUUAAACUACUCGGAUAUUGCAUUCAUGACAAAAGAGUGAUGCUAGUGUACGAAUUUAUGGAAAAUGGAAGUUUAGAUAGAUUUAUAUUUGAUAAACUUCAACGACAACUUCAGUGGUCACACCGCUUCAAUAUCAUUAUGGGUGUCGCUAAAGGAAUUCUUUAUAUUCAUCAAGGCACAGAGAAGGCGCUCACUCAUGGAGAUAUCAAACCAGGAAAUAUUCUUCUGGACAUAAUGAUGAAUCCUAAAAUUUCAGGCUUUGGCACUGCCAAAAAUUAUGGGGAUCAUGAAUCUAAAGUUGAAACCAGAGUUGUAGGGACAUUAGGUUAUAUUCCUCCAGAGUAUGCUAUGUUUGGCAUAUGUACAGAUAAGGUAGAUGUGUACAGCUUUGGAAUGCUGGUGUUGGAGAUUUUGAGCGGCAGGAGAAACAUGGAGUAUCAACAUCAAACAUAUAACGAAAGCCUCAUUGAACAGGCAUGGAAGCUAUGGAAAGAAGGGAAAGAAUUACACCUGGUCGACGAGUCUCUUCGUGGAGAAUAUUCAGAGGAUGAAGCAGGGAGAUGUAUCCAUGUCAGUCUUCUAUGCACUCACGCCAACCGACAAAAUCGACCAACGAUGGCAUCUGUACUCAAGAUGCUGCUUGGGGAAGAGAUGUCCCUUCAAGAAAAGGUAGCUGAAGCAGCUGACAGUGCAGCAAAGUUUGAAUUCACAGACCAAAUGGAAAGGAACACACCCCGAGCAUAGGAUGACAAUCCAAGAAGAUUCAUCCCGGUUCGAACCAAAACUAGGAGCAUAUCUAUGGUUCAUGAAAGGGAAGUCUUAACAAGUCUUUUUCUUUCUUUUCAUGUAGACGGCAAUAUACAUUUCAGUCGG